AUGGCGCGCGUGGCGCUUGCAUGCACCCUCUGGGCGCUCCUGAUACUUCUUCUGGUCUCCCCAGGGGUUGAUGCGGCGCUGCCUAGGACCUGGGAGGGCGCCCGCCUGGCCGCACAGCAAGCUGCGGAGCGCGCUACGCAAGCGGCGCACCUCGCCGCCGGCGCCGCCGCCGCGCGCGCCCACGGCCUGGCGCAGAACCAGGGGGCCGCCGCGGCGCGCCGCGCAGGCGAGCUGCUGCGCCGCGGCGGGGGCGCGGCGGCGGGCGCCGCGCAGGUCGCCGCGCAGCAGGCGGCGGCGGGGCUCUUGAAAAUCGCCAACAACCGCCCCGUCAUCGUUUGGGAGCCCUGGAACGCCAGCGAGGACGAGUGCGCAUUGGAUAGCGGCCUACCCGCAGGGGGCGCGGCCGCCCUGGCCAUCGCCGGCGCCGUCGCGGCGGCGCCGGAGGCGGCCGAGGGACCGCUCCAGGCGCCCCCAUUCGAAUGCGGCGCCGCUGGCCAGCCGGCCUUGGGGCAGGAGCAAGUGCACGACGGCGGCAGGGGCGGCGACGAUGGGGUCGAUGAGGCGGAGAGCAGCCUCAGCAGCAGCGCGAGCAGCAGCAGCAGCCGCGACGCAGCUGCGCUAGGCGGCGGGGGCUCCGGCCCGCCCGCCGCGCCGAAGCACGCCUGGUUCGUCACCCACACGCUGGCCUUCGUUUGCGGCUGGCUGCUCUGCUGGCUUGGAGGAGCCGCACACGCGCAGCGCCGUGGUGGCGAGGGCGAGGCGGGGGUGGGGCGUGCGGACACUGCGGUAGCAUGCGGGAGGGGAGCAGCCGAGCAGCGGUUAGUCGAGGCUGGGGACGGGCAGCAGCUGCAAAGGGCAGCCGCAGGGUUGGAAUGGCAGCAGCAGCUGCCGGAGGAGCAGCAAGAGCAGCAGCAGCCGCAGGUGCAGGAGGAGCAGCAGCAGCAGGUGCAGGAGGAGCAGCAGCAGCACGAGCAGGAGCAGCAGGAGCAGCAGGAGCAGCAGGAGCAGCAGGAGCAGCAACAGCAACAGCAACAGAAGGAGCAGCAGCAAGGGGGGCAGCAAGAGGUUCGGCAGCCGCAAGGCCAGCAGGAGGGAUGGGCUGAAGUUCACGGCGACAGCAAGCCAUCUCAACUGUCCCACACCACCGGGCAGGCGCCAAGCCGCGCACCAGCCGCGCCAGGGGGCGGCGGCAGCUGCAGCGGCAGCGACGCCGGUGACGGCCGCGGCCGCGACGGCUGGUGCGAUCUAUCUGCCUCGUCGGCGGCGGCCGCGGCAGCCGAUUUCUCACAAACGGGGCCUGACGGCGGCGCAGGCGGCGUGGCUGGGGCGUCGCUGUCGGACGGGCGUCCGACUGUCGCCCCUGCUGCGGCCCCGCCUGAGCCUGCCGCCGCCGGCAGCGCGCCAAGCUAUGGCUUACCCGCGGCCGACCCCGGCCCAAAAACCCCCCUGCGGGCAGGACACGCGGGGCCCGCCGACCGCGGCGCCGAGGAGGACGCGGCAGCGCCGGCGGCGGCGGCGCCCGCGGCCGCCGAGGCCUCCCCCGGCCCCAGCGCGGCGGAGGCCUGGCGGCCUUUUUCGGAGGGGGGGCGGCAAAGCGAGCGGGGGCCGAGGUCGGGCCGGGGUUCGCCCCCGAUCCCUUUGUCGGCCGGCGCGGAUGGCGGCGCUGUGUCGCCGGCGGGGUCGCGCUCUUAUGUCAGCUUCAAAAUGACGACCAGCGGCGGCCCCUCGCCGCAGCACGCUGGCAGGACGCCCGAUCGGGACGCUGGCGGCGGCGGCGGCGGCGGCGGCGGCAGCGGAGCGCCAAGGGCGCCGCGCGGCCCGAGCGCGGUGGUCUAUGAAAGCGAGGACGACGCGGGCCCCGCCGCACGCGCGCUGUGGGGCGGCACCGCGGACGCAGCGACGUCAGGUGGCGGACCGGGCUCGUCGCACCCGGCAGCGUCGUCGCCGGCAGCGUCGCCGUUCCGGCUGCAGCUGUCGGCGCAGGUGCAUGCAGACCCCCAGGCGAUGUACCAGUUGCUGCAGCCGGCCGCCAGGUGA